CCUACCUGUCACUGCGUUUAUCUAUCCACAAAAAUGUGGCUUCACCAGCAGAAAAGUUCAACUUUGCAGAUUUAGCACAUUAAAAAUAGACUAUUAUUCACAAGAAAUGGGCAAUGGACUAUGAAGCGAGAACUUUAUUGGUGAGGGUAUAAGCGCAUAGCUGCUUAUAGAUCCUCUCCACCCUCUCCAGGUCAAGUUGAGCGCACAAGGCGCCAUCUGUUCUCUCCCUCUCAAACCCGGGCCUGACAGUCUGAAUAACUCUUGGUCGGAAUGACAUUUGUUGCUGGCAGUAAAAUGGACUUCCUGUCCCUGCGAUAUCACAAGCAGUCCCUAGCUCAAACUCUCUGUCGUUUGGGAUUGUUCGUGAUCUGUAUGGGAAUGGUGUUGACUAUGUCUAUGUAUCCCAUGCUGAGGUUCCUGGGUGGAAAGCUCCAUUCUUCCUUUACAGGGAGCUAUCUACCUGGACACCACUCUGUUCUCCUCAUCAACUGCCCCAAUGAACAGGCAGCCAAGGACAUCGGCCGAGCCAUUAUGGAGAGGAGGAUGGCAGCAUGCAUCAAUAUUCUGCCCAGGACCUCCACCAUGUAUUACUGGAAAGGGGAGAUUCAAGAUGCGACGGAAAUUCUGAUGUUGGUGAAGACGAGGACCUCGAAGACCCAAAGGCUCAUAGACUAUGUCAAGUCUGUGCAUCCCUAUGAGACUCCAGAGGUGCUUAGUUUCCCUGUGGAGGACGGGAGCCUGCCCUAUUUGAAGUGGGUGGAUGAGGCUGUUCCUGACGACUGACCAAUCAGGGAGAAUAUCCUCAAUGACUUGUGAUCUUAUUAGACAUGAAUCUCCAAUCUAUUGGUUAACUGGAGAGAAAGGCAACAGGGAUUGGCUGGGAACCAGCAAACUUUGGAUUGGCUUGAGGGGUUCCAAGUUCAAACUCUUGCUUUUGAACUUGAUCCACAGAUACUAAAUGUUUAGCUCCUCCCACCAUGACAUUGAUAUUGUUAUAGCUCUGUGUUAAAGGAAUUUUAUAUCAUGAUGAUAAUAAUCAAUAAUCAAUUCGCCUUGACUAAUGCCCAAGGUUUGUACGACAAUGGGUUAAAUAAUUUGGCAAGGACUCAGCUUUCUGCAAAAGUUUUCUGUAGCUUUAUUCAUGAGAACGUUCUGCGGUCAGGAUAACAAAACAGUCAUUUUAUAGUUCUUGCUUACUUACGCACAUGCAUUUACACACAAACUGUUGGAGACCUGCAUCCCCCAUUCCCACACCUUAUCACUACCUAGCUCAGCCUGUUCCUUUCCCUCAAGGUUAGGAACCCUUUGAAGUUUUACUCCCUUUACCAUCUGUCCAAUGCUCUAUAUACUAAUUGCAUACACACACUUCUUUCCCUCCAGUGGUUCCUGGACUUUCUGGAACCAAUCAGAACGAUCGAUCACUACAUUGAUCAUUACAUUGAUUAUUCAUUAACCAUGCUGUAUGACUAAUAAUUCAUCAUGGUUUAUUGAUUCUUUUACCUUUAUUAGAUAAUUCUCUUAUCACUCUGUUUUAUACAGGUCCUGUUGUUGCCAUUGAAAUUCCGAGCUUGACAUGACCUCUGUAACAUUCAUUGUCAGUUGGUCAGACCUGAAAGAGUUUGUAGCUCCAGAUCUGCAGAUAAUUAUCUUGAAACAACAUUAAACAUUAAAUAAUAAUAUUCCGUGUUGAUUCAAGGUACUAGUUACGUUAGAGUAUUGUUAUUUAAAAUUAUUUAUAUUGCAUUGUAUUCCUAAAACAUCAGAUUCAUGUUAGAUUAAAUCACAUUCCUUUUACUUAUCUGGUUUCUCUCUAGAUGACACAGCACCCCUGUUUACCGUUUCACUGUGAACCAAAAAGUUGAUUGCACUGCAUUUCGAGAGGGAAUCUUGAGCACUGUUUGAGAUUUGUGUUCUAAGGAUAACUUUUUGUAAUAUAUGAUGGCACAAAAAUACGUUCCUUCUUCCUUAAUAACCUCUUGGGGCCACCCCUUCCCGUUCUGAUCCCUGUGACGGGAUUGCUUGAUAAGAUACAUGGUGAUACAUACAGUUUAAGUCGGAAGUGUACAUACACCUUAACGAAAUACAUUGAAACUACGUUUCUCACAAUUCCUGACAUUUAAUCCUAGUAAAAAUUCCCUGUCUUAGGUCAGUUAGGGUCACCACUUUAUUUUAAGAAUGUGAAAUGUCAGAAUAAUAGUAGAGAGAAUUAUUAAUUUCAUGUUUUAUUUCUUUCAUCACAUUCCCAGUGGGACAGUAGUUUACAUAAACUCAAUUAGUAUUUGGUAGCAUCGCCUUUAAAUUGUUUAACUUGGGUCAAGCAUUUCGUGUAGCCUUCCACAAGCUUUCCACAGU